AAAUGACCACUGUACAAAAAUGACCCAGUGUUUCAAAUGAAUGCCGUAAUAAGUUCAGUCUUUUUUUUUUUUUACCAGUUCAUUGAAAUGCAUGGCCUUUCAUGGUUCUUGAAUUAUAUCUUUGUCUGAAAUUAAACACAGAGACGAUUUAGUCUUGGUCUGGAUCUUGAAAGGUCUGGUCUUGUCCAUAUCUACAUAAAAAUGAAUUCUAAAUAUAAACGUGCAUCACCAUCUGUUGAAUUUCUAAAGACAGAAUUAGCAGCACUGGUGUGUUUGUGGGGGUGGAUGUGCACGGAGGAAAGCUUAUACUGACUUUGGAUGGCUUUGACGUCGCUUACGUAAGCCUAGCAUUCUUUUUUGAUUUGUCUCCACCACAAUUGCUCGGCCAGAUGAACUAUUACACAAGCUGAGCCAUUAAAGAAGCCCACUUAACAGAGUUAGUUACUAGCUGCUCAGAUAUCAUUCUCUGUUUCAGAAGCUACUUCUAAGACUGUUGUGGACAAGGACAUACUGCUAUGUAAAUCUGCAAUGAAUCUUGAAAUAAUCCUUAAAUCAGGAGGGUGUCAUUUAAGUGAAGAAUCACCACCACAACAUACAAGCAGAUUAAUCCUUAUGUCCAUCACAUAAAGUCAUCAUGUGAAAGAGGUUUUUUUUUCUUCUCAAAACUAGGGUCGGUACAUUACUGUGGCCGAUGAUGUAAUGUCUCAGACUGCAGUCAUAAAUGUCGCACCUUCUGAGAUCUGUGAUGUCUUGUGAUGCUCUUUCCCAAUGUGUCAAUGAGGCAAAAGGUGUUUUUGACGAAAUCAUACCUUUAAGAUUCACCGGCAUUACCCCUUGCACUGAAAAACUGUGCAAAAUCCAUUAUAUGUGUUAAUUCCAUUACUUUCUAUGCUUCCAAGUUGUUGAUUUCUUUUACAGUGGCCUAAGAAUGUAUUUGGACUCUUAAGCAACACUUAAUGAAUGUCAUUGGAUUAGAUGUCAAAAUAUCAAAGUCUGGAAGUGUACAGCACCACUGGAAUGAGAUCUACUACUUUGUUGAUCACCUUGCACACAAGUUCAUCAGCCCCCAGCUCCGUAUGUCCUUCAUAGUCUUUUCAACGGAGGGAAGGAUCUUGAUGAAACUGACAGAAGACAGGGAUCAGAUUCGUGCUGGGCUGGAGGAACUUCAGAUAGUCCAACCAGGUGGAGAUACCUUCAUGCACAAAGGUUUUCAGAGGGCAAGCGAGCAAAUAUACUAUGGAACGGGAGAUGGAUACCGCACAGCGAGUGUCAUCAUUGCUCUGACAGAUGGAGAAUUGCGCGAGAAUGAAUUUGACUUGGCAGCCAGAGAGGCUGAUCGCUCACGUCAGCUGGGAGCCUCUGUUUACUGCGUUGGAGUGAAAGACUUUAAUGAAACCCAGCUGGCAACAAUAGCUGACAGCAAAGAUCACGUCUUUCCAGUUAAUGAUGGCUUUGAAGCCCUGCAAGGCGUCAUUGAUUCGAUCCUGAAGAGAUCCUGUAUAGAGAUCCUCGCUGUGGAGCCCUCAAGUAUUUGUGCAGGAGAAUCCUUUGAGGUGGUAGUUCGAGGGAACGGAUUCCUUCAUGCCCGCGAUGUGAACAGAAUUCUUUGCAGCUUCCGUAUAAACAACACCCUCACCGUGAUGAAGAGGCCUCUGGUAGUUGAAGACACAUACCUGCUCUGCCCAGCGCCUGUACUGAGGGAGGAGGGAACGACUGCCUCCCUCCAUGUCAGUAUGAACAACGGCCUGAGUUUUAUCUCCAGUUCUGUGACCAUCACGACUGUCAGCUGUGUGAGUACAGUAACCCUGCAGGGCAGCAGUGCCACUGUUACACUGGGCAGAGCCACUGCCAGUACCACUACACUGGGCAGUACCUGUAGUUCAGCUCCAUCUUCAGUCUGCCCUCUGAACACAACCGACGGAACGUUCUUGGCCAUAGCACUGCUGAUACUGCUGCUGCUGAUCACUAUGGCCACACUCUGGUGGUUUUGGCCCAUCUGUUGCACAGUGAUCAUCCAUGAGCCGCCGCCACCAGUCAUGGACGACAGUUCGGAUGAAGAGGAUGAAGCCAACCCAAAGAAAAAAUGGCCAACGGUGGACGCCUCGUAUUAUGGUGGGAGAGGAGUUGGUGGCAUUAAAAGGAUGGAAGUGCGCUGGGGAGAUAAGGGAUCCACUGAAGAAGGAGCCAAGCUGGAGAAGGCAAAGAAUGCUCGGGUGAAGAUGCCAGAGCAAGAGUUUGAGUUUCCGACCACAAGGACUCUAAACAACGGCAUGCGGAAACCCAUCUCCCAUCAGAAGUGGUACUCACCAAUCAAGGGGAAACUGGAUGCCUUGUGGGUGUGGCUUAGGAGAGGAUAUGACCGCGUGUCAGUGAUGAGACCUCAGCCAGGAGAGAAGGGUCGCUGUAUGAAAUUUACCCGUGUGAAAUCCUACCCGCCCCCUCGAUACCCGCUUUACAACAACCCCUCCAGCCAUAUCUACACCCUCCCCCAUAGCCAAUGCCCUCCUGUCCCACAGGGCACCCUGCCGCCCACCCCGCGCUGCUCCGCCCACUCUCCAACCUCCAUCCUGCCCCCUUUGCCAUCAACCCCACCCCCAACAGCCAUAACCCCUCCCCCUUACACACCACCUCCAGCCAGAGCUCUUCCUCCUACCUGUCUGACAAUCAGUGUGACUCUGCCUCCCUGUCCACCCACACCGCCACCACCAACAAGCUUCCUACCACCCUUGUCAGCCAGCUCCUUGCCUCCGCCCCCUCAGGCAGCUCCACCGGGACGAGCCCCGCCCCCUUCUCGUCCACCACCACGCCCAGGCCCUGAGGAACCGCAGUGCUACCUGGACUGAGUAGAUCUAAAUGACAAUGGCUGAUGAUGGGAUUUAAGGUGGCAGCGACUGUAUUAUUGCACACUUGAUUCUGAUUGGUUGACAAACAUAUCUAAAACUGCACCUUUAUGUAGUUGUUUGAGGUUUGUUGACUUUCAACUUGCCAUGUUCUUUGCAAAAUGUUUUGUGGUUUUAAAUUAACAGAACAUCAAAAAGAGUCAGAGCAAAAGAACCAGAAAGAGAUAAAAAAAAUAAUAAUAAAAAACAUUUAGAUUUUUAAAUUUACAUAUUGACUUGCAUUUGGAUUGCACAAUUCACAUGAAAAAAUAAACUUAAUGUGAUGCAUAUUUGUCAGUCGUGCAAAAACUGGUAGGAUUUCUGUACUAGUACUAAUAAACUGAAUGCGUUUACACAGUAACUAGGUUUAUAUAUUUAUAAUCUAUAAAUAAAAAUACUUUCAAUCAAACUCAUUUGUAAUUAAUUGAAUAGGCUAUUGUUUGUUUCACGGCUAGCCAUAUUUCAACCAUUUUAAAUUAAUAAAUUUAAUUAUUUGUGUUGAUUCUAAAGAAACUGAACAAAUGCUUUUUGAUUAUUCGUGAUCAUUUAAAUAAGACCAAAAAAAGACAAAAUGAUGUCAUAAAUUGAUUAAAAAGUGCAUCUUACCGGCUUCAUUUAUGCAUGACUGGCAAAUAUGCAUCAUAUUAAGUUUAUUAUUUUGUAUUAUAUUUAGACUGUUUAAUGCAAAUUACAUAAUGUUAUUUUAUAUAUAUUUCAAAUGAAUCGUUCUUUUUUUUCAGUGUGGAAUUUGACGAUAGACCAUUAAAUAAUUGAAAACUAAUGCAUUUUAAUAUUCAUAGCCAUAUUUCAAUGCCUACUGGCUCCAGUGUUAGUACAUAAUGACUGUAAAUGAUUGACAUCAUUAUAAGCAUCUUAACUUAGCUUUGCAGAUGCAUUAGAAAAGUUUGAACGAGAAGCAGCUGUAAUAUAGGUCCUGUUGUACUUGAGAGAUCCGGUUCAGCUCUGACGCCUUUUGAAGAUGUCAAGAAAACAUCUGCAGGAUAAAAUGGCAGGAUUCAAGUGACUGCAUGAAUGGAUGGAAACAAUGACAAAACUACUCAAAGAGUUCAGCCUGUAGUGCUAAAACCCAGGAGAGAAUUAGCAUGUCCAUUAAAUUCCCCAGGGAAUUUCCAGAUUUGAGUAAAAUAAGACGCGUGUUAAUAUUUGAAGAGACUUUGACAUUGUUCAAAAUAAACUACACACAGUUCACCAGGUGUCUUGCUUUAAAAACACAAGUUGCUACAUACAUGCAUCUACCAUGAGAAUCGGACUAACGUUGUUGUCCUUAUAUAACAUAGGAAAGUUUCCUCAAUUUAAGUUAACCACAAACCAUAUUUUACUCAUAAACUGAAAACAGCUACUCUUGCAACCCAUUGAGAAUGAAUUGGCCUCCCGGAUUAGCCUACAUCUUGACUGAACAGCAUUAUUCCAAAGAAAAUUGUGUGACUGACGUGAAAAAUAAACGCGGUGGAUGUUUUCGUGUUACGAUCUGGAUGAAGAUUUGCGGAAUGAUGCAGGCUUUUGUUUUGUAUAUAUGGAUGCUUUCCAAACAGCUGUGCUAAGAAUAGAUCAGUAUUCAUAAGGUACUUUAUGAUUUUCUAUUUAAAAUGUCUAUUGUUGUGCUGUUUGCAAGUGCUGCAUUUAAAGGGAUAGUUCAUUCAAAAAUGAAAUCGGUAUAAUUGACUGACCCUCAUGUCACUCCAAACCCCUACUGACACCAAAUGUUUUGAAGACAUUUCGUAUAUUUUCCAGUUUAUUCUGCUAGAGAAAAUCAUUCAAGUUUGAAAUGGUAUGAUAUUGAGUAAAUUACCACAGAAAUUUUAAUAAUUAUUUAAACUGUUCAUUUAAGCAUAUGGCAGUUCUGUGAUUUUUAGUUUGAAUUAUUCUGUUUCUUCAUUUUACCUUGAACAUUGUUUUUUUGUUGUUGUUGUUGUUUUUCGUGCUGGGUUUAAAACUUGUGCUUGAGCUGUUACAGAUGUUCAGAGCGUGUCAGGCUAUUCCUUUUUAACGAAGAGCAUGUUUUUACACGCUUCAAUUAAAUGUUGGAAUUAA